AUGUUACAUAAUAUUAAUAUUGCAGUGAUGAGAAUUAGUGAAUGUUCAAAUAUUGAUGAUCUUCGAAUACAUGCAGCUGAUGGUCUUUUUCUUCCUGAUCUUCCUGAUCAAUUUAUUGAUUUAAAUCGACAAUUAAAUGAUUGUCUCGACCUUUGGUCAUUUGAUUUAUUUAAAUAUGAACAAUGUUUGAUUGAACUUCAUCGAACAGUUGUUCAUUUUCAAUUUCAACAUCAAGAAGCAAUCAAUCGUGUUUUGAAACAUUAUCUCAGUCGAUAUGUACAUGGAGAAACAACAUCAACUUUUGUUCUUUAUGCUGGAAAUGAACAAGCUGAUUGA